AUGAGUGUUUUACCAUAUCAACCAACAAGCGAUGAAGACAUCUUCCGUUUGUGUACGAAAGAGUGCGGCAUUAUCACAGCCACAGAGGAUCAGCAAUUCUUUGCUUUGGGUUGUAUGUUUUGCCCGGCCAAAUUUCUCUAUUUCGAUGCAUUUAUAGGACACAUGCAAACCGACCAUGGAACUCAAGCAAUGGAUCAAAAAGGUUUCUUUGGUGGUAUGCUAGGACUCGGAUAUGAUGAUUCUUAUGGUGAAACAAAUAGCGGCCGAAGUGGUGAAGGUACUGAAGAUCUUACCGAUACGGACCCCUCACUUUUGGUACCACAAACAGUUAUGAUCAAGGAAGAAGUUGAUGAAGAGCAACAUGAACUACCACAAGCAGAUAAUUCAAUAACUCCUGGGUUUCCUAGUGAAAGAGGCAUAGCGGAUAAUUCCAUUUAUCCAGUAAAGCAAGAACGUACUGAGCCUGAGGUUGUAAUGGAAGGAGGCGGAGACAACUAUACCAAUGAUUACGGAAAUUAUGACGAUUAUACCAACAAUGAUGAUGAGGAAGAUCCUAUUUAUCCAAGAGAUGAGGAAGAUGAAAAUAAUUAUGAUGAUUUAGUUGAACAAUCUUUAUUGGGAGGAAAUAACGGAGCGGACUCUGGUCUAGCAAUGCAUAUAAAGGAUCGUAAAAUGAUACAAUUCCUUAUCGAUUCAUAUAGGCGCAAUACUUUCUUGUGGGACCACCGUCAUCCACAAUUUCGUGAUCGGGCCAAACGUCAGCACUUUCUUGAGUGGAUUGUAAUGGAAUUCAAACGACGUUUUAAUUUGUCAUUGGCUAAAGAUGCAGUUACUCGCAAGUGGGACAAUUUACGCACUGUAUAUAAAAGAGAGUGUAAUCGUAUGGCAUUGGAAAAUACUAAUAUCAGUACAUUGUGGUAUUUCAAGGACUUACAUUUCAUUAAUCGGUUAUAUGGUGGCAAUCAAAAGAUGACGGAGGCUAUUGUGAAGGAGACUGUAUACAGACGUCGCUACUCUGCAUUGUGGAAUGAUGUUUCUACUACUAAACUGUUAUCAAUGGUUGAGCAGUAUCCAUGCUUUUAUAACAAAUACAACAUCGAUUAUCGCAGUAAGGAAAAGCGCGGAGAGGCGUUGCAGCAAAUGGCAACUGAAUUGCAAAAGAUGAUUGACGUAUCCACCAUACAAAUAUCAAAGCGUAUUUCGCAAUUACGUUUCGACUAUUCCAAGCAAAAACAGGAACGUCUGCUCUGCGAGCAAAAUAAUAAAGUAUUUGUACCCAGCUACACCUACUAUGAUCAAAUGCUUUUUAUGGAUGCUGAUAUCGCGCCAUUCAAAUGUGAUUUUUGUCCAGUAAUAGUGCAGUCGCCACGAGAAUUAGAAGUUCACCUUAGCACUCAUCAGCCUGAAGGUAGUUAUGCAUGUAACGUUUGUCCUGUUAGCUUUUCAGAUGUCGAUCAGCUAAAUCAACACAAACAAAUACAUGCACCGACACAUAAAGAAGUCAAAUAUUGGUGUGAUUUAUGCACGGCCAGUUUUCGUACCAAAGAAGUGUACGAUGAACAUAUGCGAAGGCAUAAUGAUGAAUUAUUACUGCCUUCAUUGGCUAACAUUCCGCCUUUGGGUAGUGAAGACGGUAAUUCUCUGAUGAAAAUGGAAAAUAAUGACUAUGAUGGAUGCUAUUCAUGUGACAUCUGUGGGAAAUCAUUUGCGAAUAUGGUUUAUCUCAAUUCUCAUCGUGCACAACACACAAACGCCAGCGAUCGUUCAUACCGUUGUGAUUACCCACAUUGUGGGCGUUUAUUUACUGCGCGUCACUCUAUGAUGGAACAUGCCCGGCAGCACUACAGCGAUGAAGAGUUUAAAUGCGAAAUUUGCGGCAAAUCAUUUAAAUCGCUUAAAAAUCUACAAAAUCACAAACAAAUACAUGACGCUAUCAAACGUUAUGUUUGUAAAAUAUGUGGUUCGGCGUUUGCGCAAGCGGCAGGUCUGUAUUUGCAUAAGCGACGACAUAAUCGGCCCAACUCUCGUGUACGUCAAAGUUACUGAUCCACAUACAUAAACCUGUAAAGGUUUUGCAAACGGCAGUAGACAUAGUAUGUAACCAUUGCAAUAACAAUAUUCUUCUAACUAACCUAACUAUGCAUGCUUAAGUAGUUACGUAUAUACAUGUAUUUGAAAUUUCCACGAAAUUAGGGGGCUCCAUAUGGACUGUAACUAUAUAAUUACUUAACAUGAUGAAAUUAAUCACAUAGUAACGUUGACUAACGUUAGUAGUAUUAAUGCAAUGCAAAGUUUUAAAAUUGAAGAAAAAGUUCACAAAUAGGGCGCAUUCGAAAACGU